CGGCGCUCAGCCGGCAUGGGAGGGGCCCUCGCGUGAUGCUCGGGUGCCGGCUCCGCCCCUCGCACCGCCCCUCGGGCUGAGAGCGCAGGGAGCACGCCUGCGAGAGACCCAGGCCCAGCUCCGCAGGACGGCGGCCCCGCCCUCCGAGAGAAGAUGUCCUACGGGUCCAUCGCCGGCAGUGGCAGGCUGGGGAGCCGAGGCCCUUUUGGGGGACCCUCCAGACAAGGCUACCAGCCACUGGCCACCCAGGUGGACCCGAGGGACCUGCAGGAGCUGUUCCAGGAGACGUCGGCCAACGUGUUCCACAUCAACUCCAGCGUGGCCUCCUUGGAGCAGGGCCUCCGGUCCCUGGGGACGUCGAGUGACACCCAGGAGCUGCGGGACGGCCUGCACACGGCGCAGCAGGAGACCAACCGCACCGUGGCCGCCAGCACCGGCGCCGUGAAGCAGAUGUCGGAGCUGCUGCGGGGCUGCUCCCGGCAGGAGCGCCUGCAGCUGGACCGCCUGAGGACCCAGCUCUCCGAGGCCGUCCAGCGCUACGGGGCCGUGCAGAAGAAACUCGCGGAAAGGUCCCGAGCCCUGCUUCCCGUGGCGCAGCGGGGCGGCAGACCGCAGAGCCCUGGGGCCCCUCUGGCGGAGCUGGCGAACGAGGAGAACCCCUGCCCCGGGGACGGCGGCGCGUGGCAGGGCCAGGAGCAGGCGCUGCACCCCGAGGUCACCGAGGAGGACUGGGAGGCCAUGCGGCUGCACGAGGAGGCCAUCCUGCAGAUCGAGAGCGACGUGCUGGACGUGAACCAGAUCGUCAAGGACUUGGCCUCCGUGGUGUCGGAGCAAGGAGAGGUCGUCGACAGCAUCGAAGCCAGUCUCGAGGCUGCGUCCUCCCACACGGAGGCUGCCAGCGAGCUCCUGGCUGGGGCCGGCCGGCACCAACUCCAGAGACGCAAGGUCAAGUGCUACUUCCUGUCCGCCGGGGUCACCGUUCUGCUGGUCAUCGUCCUCAUCAUUGCCACCUCUGUCCGAAAGUGACGCUGCCAUGGUCGACGCUGCCGCCGGGCCCGCGCAGACCCGGGAGAGCCCUGCGCCUGCCGUCC